ACACGGGUAAAUUUACACGUGUUCGCAAAAGAUGCACCAUUUUUGAUAAAUUAUUUUAUUUGGGCAGCUUGCUAAAUUAUAUCGUCUGCGCUUCAUAUCCCACUGACAUAAAACGAAAUGUAUGUCAAAAAAGUCCAGAUGUUAACGCUACGGCAAAGACUAAGGCGAUAUCCAUCAGCAGAUAGCUAACAAGGCUAAUCAUCGUUAGCUACAUAACAAAAAAGCAGAAACUUCGUUUGUUCUAGAUUUUAGACUCAAGAGCAUGCUGUUUAAAACGCAUAUUGUUAUUUUUUUUCCUACAUCAUUUGAAGAGAAGUUCAACUUUUAAACUACCUCGACUUUUCCAGUGAGUAUAACACAACAUGCUCAUGAUGAGGUGGCACUAUUUUGCUGUUUUCCUGCUGUGGAUGAGUUUGGGAGGAUCCAAAGAGAUGGAAAAUGCAUCACACAUACUUGAACUGUCAGCUGCACAAUUCCGUGAGAAUUUGGAGGCCGGGAAGAGUAUGGUUGUCUUCUUUUGGUACCAAGAAGCUACCACCAUCAAUCUCUUCUUGGUCCAGUUAGAGAAGUCUGCCGAGCCCUUGCACGAUUUUGGGAUACUGGUUGGCAUGGUCAACUGCCCCAAAGAGAAGGUUGCUAAAUAUUGCACCUCAUCAAAGACAGAGCUUUACCUGUUCAGGAAAGAUAAAAAAGAAAGCAGUUUUAGCCUGAAAUUGGUGUUUGACGUCGACGCUAUAGUCAGCCACGUCCUUUUUGAUAUUGUUUAUGAAGAGAUACAUAGCGUGGAUUUGCCAGAUGACCUCACUGAUUUGGAGAAAAAAGUCAAAGGGAAUACAGAUAUCGUAUUAGCUCUAAUUAAAACUCUGGGGACAGCAGAGCACAGAUCUGUGAUGGAGACAGCGUUUGUGUACGGAUCUAAAUAUCAGUUUGCAUUGUCAGUUCGUGGAGGUGAAGCCCUGAAAGCACUGGGUGUCAACCCAACAUCUCGUUCUUCCGGAGUUUGGUUUCUCCACUGUAAGGCUCAUAAAGGGUUCAUGCAACCGAUUACCGCUGACCGGUGUCCUGUGACGGCUAUGAGGAAACCCUUGACCACGCUGGGCCUGCACUCCUUCCUGCAGCUCAUGGAGGCUCCACUAGUGUCUGAAGUACACGAAGACCCGUCAUCGGUUCAACCCCCACCACCUCCAAACCACCAUACCCCUCAGAUUUUCCUGUUCUCGCGUCCCGGCACUGAGCACCUGGACCUGAACACGGCCAUUACCCUGGCAUGGAGGCUCAGAGGUGUUGCUCUACUUGUGCUUGUGCACAGGGAGAGUCCUGCAGUGAAAACCCCAAAUCAGUACAAUGUUGCAUACAGAAAGCCUCAGGAGAGUUCAGAGGUGAAGUAUUUGACCUUACACAAACUUGAAGAGAUUUUAGAGUUGUUUCCACAGCUUGAGAGUGAGGAGGAGGAAGCAUUCAAAGAGGAGGAGACUGAGGAGAAACAAGACGAUGAUGGAGUGCUGGAAGACAUAGAAUGGAGGCACUCCCUUGACGAGCUAGAUGAUGAAAUUGCAAAAGCAAUGUACGAAAAGCGAGACACCUUACGAGAUAUAGACAUGGGAGGGAUUACUCAAAUGACAUCUGAAAACUUCCACACUGCAAUAGUACAAAGUGACCUGACAGUGGUGCUGUUCUACCUGAAAUGGGAUGCUGUGUCCAUGGCUUUUCUCAGCUCCUUCAUGGAGGUUGCAGAGACGCUUGCAGACUCUAAGGUCACAGAUGUUCAGAUGGUUGGGGUCGACUGUGGUGUGUGGACGGAUCUCUGUGCCGCACAGACCAGAGGUUUGCUCCCGAUCCCAUUUGAGCCGAUAACAUCGUUCCCCACUGUGUUGCUGCUCCGCCCCCAGGAGUCAGCUGUGCACUACAGUGGAAUGCUUGGUAGUAAGGCACUGCAUUGCUUCAUCCUUCUGAGUCGUCUGGCUUCGCCUGCGCUGCUGAUCACUCAAAAAGACGUGACAUCAUUCCUUGAAGACACUUCUUUCCCUGAGCUGGCACGUUGCAAACCUAACAGAGUGCUUGGGCUGUUUAAAACACACACACACACAGGUGUACCGGUGUUUACUGAAGCAGCAAAGUCACUGCGAGGUGAAAUGCUGAGUGGGUUACUGACUGACGGGCUGGCAGAGAAAUGGGCUGCAGACUACAGGGUGGUCCUUCCUGCUGUGCUGGUGUUUCCAUCUUGGAGGACACAGACUCAUCCGUCUCCCCUGAAUGUUUCGUCUUCUGCUGAGGAGCUGCUCACAAACAUCAGAAAGUCACAUCUGCGCACACUGCCGGAGCUGACUGUGGAGAACCUGCCAUCGUACCUCGCCCAGGGCAAAGCCCUGCUCCUGCUUUUCAUAGGGGAGGAGGAGAACAAGGAGGAGAACAAGACGGGCCGUAGUCAGAACAAGGCGUUGGUGGAGGAGAUGAGAAGAGUGGUUGAGUCUGGAGGGGAGUGGAUGGAGCAAUACCUGGCUUGUUGGAUGCACCUUGGCCGUACACCAGCUGGAAAAUCUAUCCUGGUGUCAUACCUGGGGUCUCAGCAUUCUCUCCCUGCACUGAUCCUCACACAUUUGCCCUCCCGAGCGGACGUCUACCAGUACCCGCCGAACUCCCCCAUAGUGGGUCACUCCAUCCGUCAGUGGCUGCAGAGGAUAGAGGGCGGCACUGAACCCCCUGCAGGAGCACUGGGUGAAGAUCUCUGGCCUCCUGCUCUCCAGCUCUUUGACUUUCUGUCAAUCAUUGACAAAAAUGAGCCUGAGUCCACCCAGCAAAAAACCCCAGACACUAAAGAUGAGGAAUACUAUCAAGAAUUCGGGUAUUACUCAGGACAGCAUUUGGAGGACGAGGGUUCAGAUUCUGAAGAGGAGGAGGAGAAGGGGGAUUCUUUGGUCAGAUCCCCAAAUCAUAUACAGCACACUGAGCUGUAACACUGACUUCACGGGAGAACGCUGAAGACUGUUCAACAUCUGUUUAUAUUCUGGGUUUUAAUUUGCCAAGUUGUGUUUUCUUGACCAAUACCUGUUAUAUGGGCUGACCAUUCUGGACUGAAAUGUCUGAUUAUUAUCUAAUUUUGAGCCACUAAAGCAGAAUGCUUGUACUUGACAGAGCAGACAUGUUCAAUUAAAAUGUGCUGUUUUUUCACAUUAA